AUGCUGAACAUACAUGCGACCACGCACGCUGCGGCCCCCAGGGAGCCAUACAUGAAUGCUAAGAUGGAGAAACUCAAGCGCCCCUCCAUAGCGUUGGCAGGGACGGCUGAGACCUGGUCAUACUUUCUAACCCGCUGGGGUGAAUACAAGAGGGGGACCAAAUUGAUCGGAUCUGACAUUGUUACACAACUACUAGAGUGCUGUGAGGAAGAUCUGAGGAAGGACCUCACCCGCGCAGCAGGCAAGAGCCUAGUGGACAGUGAGGAAGAGGAUGUCCUCUCUGCCAUGAGGGCACUCGCUGUGCGUGCAGAGAACACAAUGGUAGCUCGAGUGACCCUGUCUAACAUGCGACAGGGACACGAAGAACCCAUCCGAUCAUUCUACGCUCGCUUGAAAGGGCAGGCGGACACAUGUAAAUAUGAAAUGAAUUGCACCAAAGAGGGGUGCAACCAAGUCAAUGACUUCACAGAGGACAUACUGCGCGACGUAAUCGCCCGUGGCAUAGCAGACCAAGAAAUACAGCUUGAUCUGCUUGGCGAGAAAAAUCAAAAUAUGCCAUUGAGGGACAUGAUAGAAUACAUCGAAGCUAAAGAGUCAGGAAAGCGCUCAGCAUCACGGCUACUUGGUCCCCAGAGCACAGACGCAGUCAGCAGCUCGUACCGACGAGGGAAGCAGCAGGACACCCGUACCAGAGGGGGCACCAGGACAGAGACAUCAAAGGUCAAGCCUGAGGGGACGUGCAUCUACUGCGGCGAGACAGGCCAUGGAAAAACACCACAGUGGCGCACCAGGCGUGCUGAAUGCCCCGCAUAUGGCAAGACGUGUCGAAAAUGCAGUCGUCAGAACCACUUUGACAAGGCCUGCUUAGGUGGUCGUUCGCCUAGGCCCCCACCAGAGGAGACUGAUGGGGUGUGUGACGAACAGCAGACGGCCGCAUUCGUCGAGCUAUGCACGCUGACUGCAAGUAGCUCUAACGACAAGAUACGCACACUUCCCCUCGCCCACCACCUGUAUGAUGAUAUGUGCGAUAAGUGGACGAGGCGGCCAUCCAACCCACAGCCAUACAUCCACCUCACCAUCACCAUCGAACGCGAGGAUUACAAAGCGCUGGGCCUCGACCUUCAGAAACGCACCCGGGCCGUGACCCUGCCUGCCAUGGCUGACACAGGGUGCCAGAGCUGUCUAAUCGGUGUCAAAGUCGCCCAACGGCUGGGACUAAGUACAGAAGACCUUAUUCCCGUAUCCAUGACGAUGAAGGCCGCAAACGAUGAGGGAAUACGGAUUCUCGGGGCCGCCGUCGUCAGGUUCGCUGGUACCAGCAGCGACGCCCGUAGAUUGGAGACGCGCCAAAUCGCAUACGUGACAGACACCUCAGACCGUAUAUUCCUUUCUCGUACGGCCUGUGUAGACCUGGGCAUGAUCUCAGACAAGUUUCCAACGCUCGGGGAGGUCAACCUGGCGACCUCGGACCCAUGCCGGUCGGCACGCUGUGCCCGUCACCAGGAUUUGCCGGACGACAAUGCUGCCAUGGUGACCCACCUCUCGCCCAGCACACACGCUGAUGUCCUGUCCCUUAUACGACUGACAGGGCCAGUAAACGACGAAGUUGAGGAAGGAGACCUGACCUGGUGCGCUGCUGGGCUUGAAUCGCUGCGGUCCGUGACGUGGGAUCGCGUCAAGGAGGCCACCUGCAGCGACGACGACAUGCGUGCACUGGAGGAGAUAGCAGCGGACGGCUUCCCCGAGUCGAGGACAGGAAUGCCGGUGGCCAUUCGCAACUUCCACCAAUACCGCGAAGACAUUACAUCUGCUGAUGGGGUGGUCCUGUACAAGGACAGAGUGAUCAUUCCACCCUCGCUCCGUGCUCUUCCUGUGUCGCCAUUGCCGUCCAGUCGUGUGUGCAGCCCGGUGACACCUGUGGUGGAGUCUGGGCCCACCCCGCCGCCGACACAUCCACCUGCGGGCUCUCCCCGCCGCGGUUUGCGGCCAGUUUCCCUCAUGCCUGCGGUGCCAGCCCGGGACAUCCCUUGUACUCCGCCACCGGACUCUGUGGCCCCCUUGGCCCCUUCGCCGCCGGCUGCGUCGCCAGCUACGGAGUUACGCCGGUCCACCAGGAAAGCCGGUGUGCCUGCCUGGCAUGGGGACUAUGUCUUGGAAUAG